CGGUCAUGUGAUCAGCUAUGUCCAAUCACAGCUGAUCACAUGGGACAUGUACACUGAUCAUCAGAGCACUGAUGAUCAGUGUGCCCUGAUGAUCUGUGUAGCCCCAGUUGUGCCACCUGCCAGUGUCCAUCAGUGCCAGCUGUCAGUGCUCUUCAUGCCAUCUGCCAGUGCCCAUCAGUGCCACAUCAAUGCCACAUUUCAGUGCCUAACAGUGCACAUCAAUGCCACAUAUCAGUGCCCAUCUGAGCAGCCUUUCAGUGUCACCCAUCAGUGCCAGUCAGUGCCACCUAUCAGUGCUGCCAAUCAGUGCCACCUAUCAGUGCCAGACAGU